UUUUCUUUAUAUUCUUUGAUAGACGCGGUUGUCGUUGCCCAUUCCCAAAAAUAAUUCGGAGUUUCUCUCCACGAUUUGUUGGAAUUUUCAACAAAUAAAUAAUAAUUAACUUAUGAUACCAGUUGAAUAUCCUUUUAAUUAAAAUAAAAACUAUUAAAUAUUUUUUUAAAAAUUGUGCCAAAGUGAUUGUAAAAGAAACAAAACAAAAUGCAAGCCCACAGCAAAAAGAGAGUUUGCUAUUACUACGAUAGCGAUAUUGGAAAUUAUUAUUAUGGACAGGGACAUCCCAUGAAGCCGCACCGCAUACGUAUGACACAUAAUCUUCUAUUGAACUAUGGUCUCUACCGAAAGAUGGAAAUCUACAGACCUCAUAAAGCCACCGCAGACGAGAUGACAAAAUUCCACUCCGACGAAUACGUACGUUUUCUGCGAUCAAUUCGCCCAGACAACAUGACCGAGUAUAAUAAACAAAUGCAAAGGUUCAAUGUUGGCGAAGAUUGUCCAGUAUUUGAUGGCCUCUACGAAUUCUGUCAGCUUUCAGCUGGUGGUUCAGUAGCAGCUGCCGUCAAGCUCAACAAACAAGCCUCUGAAAUUUGUAUUAACUGGGGUGGUGGUUUGCAUCACGCCAAGAAAUCCGAAGCGUCAGGAUUUUGUUACGUAAACGACAUCGUCUUGGGUAUAUUGGAACUUUUGAAGUAUCACCAGCGUGUGUUGUACAUUGAUAUCGAUGUCCAUCACGGUGAUGGAGUCGAGGAAGCUUUUUACACCACCGAUCGUGUUAUGACAGUGAGUUUUCACAAAUACGGAGAGUAUUUCCCCGGUACAGGUGACCUGCGGGACAUUGGCGCCGGUAAGGGCAAAUACUAUGCCGUCAACAUUCCUCUGCGCGAUGGUAUGGAUGACGAAGCUUACGAUUCGAUAUUCGUUCCGAUCAUCUCAAAGGUGAUGGAGACUUUCCAGCCAGCUGCCGUGGUAUUGCAAUGUGGAGCUGAUUCACUGACGGGCGAUCGUUUGGGUUGCUUCAAUCUCACUGUCAAGGGCCAUGGAAAGUGCGUAGAGUUUGUGAAGAAAUACAACCUGCCGUUCCUUAUGGUUGGAGGUGGUGGUUAUACAAUUCGAAAUGUAUCGCGUUGUUGGACUUAUGAAACGUCGGUGGCGUUGGGAGUAGAAAUCGCUAACGAACUGCCGUACAACGAUUACUUUGAGUAUUUCGGUCCUGACUUUAAGUUGCACAUUAGUCCAAGCAACAUGACGAAUCAGAAUACCAAUGAAUAUCUCGAAAAAAUAAAAAAUAGGUUAUUUGAAAACUUAAGAAUGCUGCCGCAUGCUCCUGGUGUCCAAAUCCAAGCAAUACCCGAGGACGCCAUCAACGAUGAGUCCGAGGAUGAAGACAAAAUCGAUAAAGAUGAAAGACUGCCGCAAAGUGACAAAGACAAACGAAUUGUUCCCGAUAAUGAAUUCUCUGAUUCGGAAGACGAAGGCGAAGGUGGUCGUCGUGAUCAACGUUCAUUCAAAGGGCAAAGAAAACGACCGCGAUUAGAUAAAGAACAAAAAACCGAAAACGCGGAGCCCAAAGACGAAAAGGAGAGUAAAAUGGACAUAACAGAGAGUGAGGAAGCUAUAAAAGCAGAUGAAACAAAAAAGGAUUCUAAUAUAUAAUUAGACAACUAUCAUUAAGUAAUUGUAUUAUUUUAUGUAAGAAGUCUAAUUAAUGUACAAUAGUAAUUUUUUUUGUAAUGAAACAAAAUAUCUCUGCAUAGCACGACAGGCGAAUUUUAAAAUUAUUGAACCUUAUUCUGUGUACUUUUAGUAAAAAAAUAAAAGAAAGAAAAAUAAUUAUAAAUAAAAAAAAACAACAACAACCGAUCAAAUGGUUUAAAAUACAUUUUUUUAAAUAACAAA